AUGGGUAAAACUUUUUUAACAAGUAAUUUAAACAAUGACAAAGUUGGUGAUAUUUACUUGGUGAUGUAUUCAAACUUGAAAGCCAAUACUCCAAGACCCUCACUUUCAUUAUCAUCUGGAAACAUGUCUAAACUCCCAUCCUCAUUACUUAUCAAUGGCGCCUCUAUAGAUACAUCAUCUGUAUCUUCCUUAUGCUCGACCAUUUCCCCUUUGUUGACACUUAACAAUAGUCUUUCUUUGGGUGAAAAUGGAAAUGAUAUCAAUUUUAUUAAUGGUAUACAUUACACUUUGGUUAUUGAUGUCGGUGGUGAAUCUUUAACUAAUGUGCCAGUGGGUUUAGAAAUUCACAUUACAGCUGAAAAAGGAACUAAUCAAAUUCACUAG